CAGCGAACCCGAGAGAAGCCUGCCGGUGGGCUCAAAUUGCCGUCAAAUGCGCCCUUCGGGGGGCAGCCUCAAACCUUAUUGUUAUGAGUUGAGCCGCCGACACUAGAUGCCAAAUUCCCCCGAACAUUUCAUCCUCUUUCCCUUAUGUAUGCCCUUUUUCGGGCAGCUAUGUGGUUUCACAUGUCUCUUUUAGGUCGACAUGAAUCUCAGGCUCGGUCAAACAGGAACACCCUUGACUAUCGCCAGCCCACACCCCCUUCCACUUCCUCACGGAUCCCUAUGUGCUAUCUUCCACAUCCAUUCCUGUCGUAUAAUCCCCCGCUGGCAUGCUGGCAUGCCGCUUGAGACUUGCAGCGUAUAAGUGAGAAGUGAUGGUCACCGUACUGGCCGACCUAUCAUUGUUCCCUCCCAAUCGGACCGCUCCGUGAUAUGUCUUUAUUAAGGUUCAGCCAUUGCACGGCGACCUGGUAAGCGGAGGUAUUGCCAGACAAGAACUAGCCAAAAAUGCCCACUUGCCGGGGAAUCAUUCGAGAGGCUUGUACGGGUAGCUAUUUUCCCCUAGGUUGCGCAAAGCUAAAUGAACUAGAAGCUUUUAG